UCGACGAAAAAGAUUCCCCGAACCCCCGAAAAAGAGUGACGAGCCUCCCCAUCGGCUGUUCUUUCUUCCUUUGAUACCAAUUGUCCAACAGACCGGUAUUUCCGUGAAGUAAUUCUCCUUUCCUCUACUCUUGCUUUUUUUUUUCUCCCUUCCUUCUUCUUAUAUUAUUUAUCUCACAGUCCGGCCAUGGCUGCUCCCCGACUUUUCCGCCCAGCAGCUCGUCUGCUUUCUUCGCGCCUUACUUCGGCUCCCCUUCGCCCUCAGACCGCAUGCGCGCCCUCAAUCCUGCGCUUCCGGGGAUAUGCUACGGAAUCUGGUACCAAGGAGGUCACUGUCCGUGAUGCUCUGAACGAGGCGCUCGCCGAGGAGCUGGAGAGCAACAAGAAGACUUUCAUUCUUGGAGAGGAGGUUGCGCAGUACAACGGAGCUUACAAGGUAACGAGGGGUCUGUUGGACCGCUUUGGUCCCAAGCGGGUCAUUGACACCCCCAUCACGGAAGCCGGUUUCUGUGGUCUCGCCGUCGGUGCUGCUCUUGCUGGACUGCACCCCAUUUGCGAGUUCAUGACCUUCAACUUCGCCAUGCAGGCUAUCGAUCAGAUCAUCAACUCUGCCGCCAAGACCCACUACAUGUCUGGUGGUAUCCAGCCCUGCAACAUCACUUUCCGUGGACCGAACGGUUUCGCCGCUGGUGUUGCCGCCCAGCACUCCCAGGACUACUCUGCUUGGUACGGCAGUAUCCCUGGUCUGAAGGUUGUCGCUCCCUGGAGCUCGGAGGAUGCCAAGGGUCUGCUGAAGGCUGCCAUCCGCGACCCUAACCCCGUUGUUGUCCUUGAGAACGAGCUGCUGUACGGUCAGGCCUUCCCCAUGAGCGAGGCCGCUCAGAAGGAUGACUUUGUUCUUCCUAUUGGCAAGGCCAAGAUUGAGCGCCCCGGAAAGGACUUGACCAUCGUCACUCUGUCCCGCUGUGUUGGACAGUCGCUCAACGCUGCCGCUGAGCUGAAGCAGAAGUACGGUGUUGAUGCUGAGGUCAUCAACCUUCGUUCCGUCAAGCCCCUCGACGUUGAGACUAUCGUCCAGUCGCUCAAGAAGACUGGUCGCAUCAUGUGCGUCGAGUCCGGUUUCCCCAUGUUCGGUGUCUCCUCCGAGAUCCUCGCUCUCUCCAUGGAAUACGGUUUCGACUACCUGACUGCUCCCGCCGUCCGUGUUACUGGUGCCGAGGUCCCCACCCCCUACGCCGUUGGUCUCGAGAACAUGAGCUUCCCCCAGGAGGACACCAUCGUCAGCCAGGCUGCCAAGCUCUUGCGCCUGUAAAGGAUGAGCCGUUGUAUAUGAACCGACGGUGAAGAAAAACUGAAUUAAUAAAAUCAUGUGUCUAGUACCCUAUCAUUGUUACAGCCAUUUCUCCUUUUCCCUCAUAUUACCUCGCUCUCCUACUUCCUUGGAUUUUGUACGACUAUACAACACAAUCAACGUUACUCUGCAUUCUUAGAA